CUCUUCCCCGUUCACAUAUUGACAAGAAAGCGGUCGUUUUCGGUUCCCCACCUCUCCUUCUCUCUCUACACCUUUUUUUCUUGUUUUUUCUUCAGCUCAGCAGAAGUCGUUGGGUUGCGCGAUCUUUAGCUUCCUCCAGCAAUCUUCGGGAACUUCUUCCAUACACGCAAAGCCUCUCUCUCUCUCUCUCUCUUUCGUCACCUAACAUCGAAGGAUUCACCAUCUCUCAUCCCUUUGCUUUCUUUCCUUGUGAACUGAGAUUUCGGAUGGGCGUCGCUUUAAUUAGGUCUGUUUUCUCCUCUUUGCUAUUCAAUGCCUUCAUAAAUCCCCACCGAUUUUUUGGUUAAAGGUCGAAUCUUUUGUCGAUUCCGUGCAAGAGAUUCCGGUGUGUCGAAGGAAGGGAGGUGAUCUCUCUUUCUCUUUCGUCAGUGCCCCUCUUUCCCCCUUCCUUCGGUUUUCCGAACUCUUUGUCGGGGCUUGCUUCAAUCGCCAGCCUAUCGGUCUUCGUGGAAAUCUACGUGUUUUCCCCUUCUUUUUGACCCGCAACGUUCCUUGGUUCGCCUUGUGGAUAAAGGUCCCUCUUUUCGAAGCAGUCGCACGCUCUUGGAUCCAGUUUUGCAGGAAAGCUGAGAUUUUGCUGCGGCGUUCCAAGUGUAUGUGAAUUGGCCGAAAAAGCCCGAUUUUUCCAACUUAGUGCCGGAAAGUUUUGAUAUCUUCCCGAUUUCUGGUUAGUUUCCGGGAGGGGGAGAUGGAUAUCAGCAACGAAGCCAAUGUUGAUCCGUUCUCCAUCGGCCCCUCGACGAUCAUCGGCCGCACGAUCGCAUUCCGGAUCCUGUUCUGCCGCACGAUGCUGGAGCUCCGGCGGCAGAUUGCUCGGGCCCUCCUGGCCUUCCUCGGUAGGCUGAGGAAUGGUGUAAUUCCGGCGUUGUCCUGGUUCCACCCCAGGAACACCCAGGGGAUCCUGGUGGUUGUCACCCUCAUUGCCCUCCUCUUGAGGCAGCUCACCAAUGUGCAAUCGCGGGCGGAGUCGGCCUACCGCCGCAAGUUCUGGUACAACAUGAUGAGGAGUGCCUUGACCUACGAGGAAUGGGCCCAUGCAGCCAAGAUGCUUGACAAGGAGACGCAGAAGAUAAAUGAGUCUGAAUAUUAUGAUGAGGAGCUGGUGAGGAACAAGCUCCAGGAGCUUCGGCGCCGCAGGGAGGAAGGAUCAUUAAGGGACAUAGUUUUCUAUAUGCGUGCUGAUCUGGUGAGGAAUUUGGGUAAUAUGUGUAAUCCACAGCUCCACAAGGGGAGACUUCAGGUGCCCAAACUCAUAAAGGAAUACAUUGAUGAGGUCUCUACCCAACUGAAAAUGGUCUGCAAUUCAGAAUCUGAGGAGUUGCUAUUGGAAGAGAAGCUUGCGUUCAUGCAAGAAACAAGGCAUGCCUUUGGCAGGACAGCACUGCUCUUAAGUGGUGGUGCAUCAUUGGGAGCAUUCCAUGUGGGUGUGGUAAAAACGUUAGUAGAGAACAAGCUUCUGCCACGCAUAAUUGCUGGGUCCAGUGUAGGCUCCAUCAUGUGUGCAAUUGUUGCUACUCGAACAUGGCCUGAACUUGAGAGCUUCAUGGAGGGUUCUUUGCAGUCCUUGCAGUUCUUUGAUAAUAUGGGUGGAAUCUUGGAGGUCGUUAAGAGGGUUAUGACAUAUGGUGCAGUCCAUGAGAUUGGGCAGUUGCAGAAGAUGUUGAGGCACCUCACAAGCAAUUUGACAUUUCAAGAAGCUUAUGAUAUGACUGGUCGAGUUCUGGGUAUAACAGUUUGCUCUCCUAGAAAACAUGAGCCACCGAGAUGCCUUAACUACUUGACAUCACCGAAUGUUGUUAUAUGGAGUGCUGUUACUGCUUCUUGUGCAUUUCCUGGCCUCUUUGAGGCUCAAGAGUUGAUGGCAAAGGAUAGAUUUGGUGAUAUUGUUCCCUUCCAUGCACCCUUUUUUGAGGAACCGGAGAAGGUUUCAAGAACUUCAUCCCGCCGAUGGAGAGAUGGAAGUUUGGAGAGUGAUUUGCCGAUUAUGCAGUUGAAGGAGUUGUUUAAUGUGAACCAUUUCAUUGUCAGCCAAGCUAAUCCUCACAUUGCUCCCCUGCUAAGACUGAAGGAACUUGUGAGAGCUUAUGGAGGCAAUUUUGCUGCCAAGCUUGCUCAUCUUGCUGAGAUGGAGGUGAAACAUAGAUGCAAUCAAAUUCUAGAACUUGGUUUUCCAUUGGGAGGAAUUGCUAAACUGUUUGCUCAAGAGUGGGAGGGGGACGUGACGGUUGUAAUGCCUGCUACUCUUGCUCAGUAUUCAAAGAUUAUACAAAACCCAUCAUAUGCGGAGCUUCAAAAGGCUACCAAUCAGGGAAGGAGGUGUUCUUGGGAGAAGCUGUCUGCCAUAAAGGCAAACUGCGCCAUUGAAAUUGUUUUAGAUGAAUGUGUUGCCCUUCUUAAUCACAUGCGAAGGCUAAAGAGGAGUGCUAUGAGGGCUGCUGCUUCCCAUGGGCUCACAAGCACAGUCAAGAUCAGUCCAUCUAGAAGGAUUCCUUCAUGGAAUCAGAUCUCGAGAGAGGACUCAGUGGGCUCCACUGAAGAAGAUGCUUUUGCAGAUGCCCUUGCUUCAAUCCACCAAGGGUCUGGUCAUGUGGGGAGCUCAUCAAACAAGAAUAUGCACACUCAGCGAACCUUGCGUGAUGGAAGUGAUAGUGAAUCGGAAAGCAUAGAACUUAAUUCUUGGACAAGAUCAGGUGGUCCUCUUAUGAGGACCGCUUCUGCAGACACAUUUAUUAAGUAUGUUCAGAACCUUGAUUUUGAGUCUGAGCCAAACAGGAAUUGGUCAAUAGAAGAUGAAACUGAACAUUCAGCUACACAAUCCAACUCCUCAUUGGUUCAAAUGGGUAGCGGGGAGCAAUGCUCUAACAACUCUACAGUACAAACUUCUGAUAGAAAUUCAGAAAAUACAGAUACCGAUACACUUGAGCUAGGUAACAGAAUUACAACAACUGCUUCUAGUAGCAUUAUGGUUUCCGAAGGUCACUUGUUGCAGCCAGAAACGAUCCACAAUGGAAUCGUAUUUAACACAGUGAAAAAAGAAGCUCUUAAUUUGGGGAAGAUGAAUAGUGACUUUGAGCAACAUCAAGUCUCUUCGCCAGAUGUGGUUGCAGAGACUGUACAUAUUGAAAGUUGCAUUGCCAGCACGGCUUCUGAAUGCGAGGAUGAUGAAGCCAAAUCGAGCUGCAUUGAUGAAACAACGCCACAUUGUGAUAAAACUGGAAGUAUGGAUGGGAAUAAGAUGAUUGAAAAAUGAGAUCAAUGUCAUUUGAGGGGUCAGAUUGAACCACAUGGGUACAUGCAGGGUUGGCAUCCAUUUUACAUCUGCCCUGUUAUUUUCGGCAGCAGCAUUUCCAUUUAUGAUAGGGUUAUGUGCCAGCCUAUCAUCUGAUGGCCUCUCAGAGUGGUAGUUAAUUUGAAAUGAAGGCUCAGCUGCAACAAUUUCUUUGGCAUUGUACAGUCAUUUCUUCUGAAUUUUCCAUGUACAGAGAAUAGAUCACCUCGUUCUUUAGCCCUAUUAAUGGUGUUUGCUCAGUCAAAUGGAUCAUAGCUUGCAAAUGUGACUCGAGCAUUUUUCAAUAUGAAGAUAUCAAAGAACCUUGCUUUCAUCACUUCUUGCUGUAACAUUUAAACUUGGCUUGCAUAUUAUACUUUCAUAACUGUGCCUUUCUUCA